AUGGUCAGUGUGAGUUUGAGCUCUGCCGAGGUGGUCGAGGCACAGCAGCGAUCUCUCAGCACAGGGACACUGCCCUUCGCCCAGGUGUUACCCGGGAGUGUGCUUGUCGGCGAAAGUCAUUUACUUCAAGUGUUCUUCACUGCGGGACAGACGGUCAGCGACGCAACAGUUGAGGUUGAGGCGCCGCCCGGCUUUGCCUUCAGCCCCAGCUGCACCGCCGAGGAACUGCCGGAGACCAUUUACAGGAACGGAGAGACACCGGACUCAGUUGUCAUCGAGAGAUUUGCCGUUGUCCAGGACGUGCAGGCACGGUGCUUCUGUCUUGGAGAUGCCAAUUGCCCCAUCCUGGGCUCUGUUGGCAAUGAGUUGGAGAGCCUGCUCUUAAGCCGGGGGAAAGCACAUUGGGUUCUGGGUAAGGCAUGGCCAGAGGUUCGCUGGACUGCGGCGCUGCAGUCCUGCCCCCUUGUGGCAAUCCUUCGCGGUGUUACGCCGACAGAGGCAGCACAUGUCGGUAAAGCUCUCGCAGAAAGCGGAUUGACAAUCCUGGAAGUUCCCUUGAACUCGCCGCAGGCUCUGCAAAGCAUUGCACUUCUCGUCCAACAUCUGCCGAAUGCCAUCGUCGGUGCCGGCACUGUCUUGAGCGCUAAAGAGGUAGAUGAAGUUCACGGCGUGGGUGGCAAGCUCAUUGUCAGUCCGAACAUGGACCCGAUCGUGAUCCGGAGGACCAAGGAGCUUGGUCUCAUCAGCUUUCCAGGUGUUUGCACGCCUACGGAAGCCUUCGCAGCAAUAAAAGCUGGUGCAGAUGGAUUGAAGGCCUUUCCCGGAGAGCAGCUUCCGCCCAACAUCAUCAAAGCAUGGAGAGCAGUUCUGCCAAAAACUACAUGUCUUAUGCCUGUUGGAGGAGUGUCCACCGAAAACAUGGCAGCAUACCUCGAGGCUGGUGCGAGUGGUUUCGGAGUUGGCACUGCCCUAUACCAAGCCGGUGACACGGCAGACACUUGCCGCAAGAAGGCGCAGACUUUUGUUCGCAAGUACCGGGAGCUGGCCAAAGAUGCUGCUGGUGACGUGGAUCCUCCAGCAAAGCGGGCGAGAGGCGCGACGACCACCUCAUUCUCAUUUCAUGUAAAACUGUCUCGUUCUCACGAAGACGAGAAGUGGGGCUUCUUCUGGGAACCCGAGAUCCUCAAGCAAUCCAACCGCCGUGUUCUCCGCAGCAUUGUCGCUGCGCCUGGGAGCCCCUUUGACAUGUGGAACCAUGAGAACCCGCACCUGGCAGCAGUCGAGGGUGACGAGCUGGUCCAGGUGAAUGAAGGAGGCAAAUCUGCUCCUGAUAUCGCACGGGAGCUCAAGCUCGGAACUCAAAGCGCGGUCAUGCGAAUUUUGGGUCAAAGGCGCAGGGUUUCGGCAGGCUUUUCCCGUAUUAUUUCCACGCGUUUGGCUUGA